AUUGGGAGCUGACCGAAAGCACUGUACUUUGUUAGACUAAUUAUUCCAUACCAAUAACUUGUUAUAUUCUGAGUUUUCCGUUUUUACACAUGGAAAGUUUUGCAAUAAAUUCCCUCAAGUUUGCACUUUGGCUCCUGUUGGUUGCAAAAGAAUGCAACAUGCAUGUGAAUUUGAAGUAAUGUGACCAGAUUUUGGGAAAUGUGUUGCUGGGGAAAAAAUGUAAUUUAACUAUAUUUAACGAACCAUUUUUAAAUGUACAGUCCUUUCAACUACAACACAUACAUAGAUUACCCCUUGUUUUACUCUAACAUACUGACUAGACCGGGAGCGCAUGUUGCUCGUUGAAGUGCGCAAGCAGUGUGGAGGCAAUGAUUGAACAACAUGUAUGUGUACAUUUAUUUUGCAACGCUCGCGGGAGGCGGUGUUGUCAUGUUAGCCUAUGUAGUAAUUUUAGAAUCACCCAAAUUUGGUAGCCUAUACUGUUGGAUUGUUUUUUGGCUGUUCAUUUUUUUUGGUUCAUUCGGUGUUGCAAUUGUAUCACUGAUUAAACGAGUGAAGGCGAGACUACAUUUUUUACAUGCAAAUCCGAUUUGAUGCAGCUUUUGAUUACGGAAAUAUCAUACAUUUAACUACAGAGUUGCUACUUUUACUGGGACAUUGCAGGGGACAGCUCUUACCGGGGACAGGUCACAAAUCAGGUACUCUGGUCACAAGUUACAUGAUGACAGAGCUUACUACUGUUUCUCUAUACUGUAGCAAUGGACUCCUCUGACUAGUUACUUUGAGGAUGGCAUUGUCUCCUAAAAACACCAAUUUUAAAGCAUUAAAUGUAGUUUGGGCCUUGUUCCAUGUAAGGUUGAGAUGUCUAACCAUUUAAUUUGCAGUAUAAUUAUACUUGAGUCAGUCUAAUCCUUUUUUUUUCAUAUUUAAAAUAAAUCUACUAGCUACUUGUCAAGGGCAUUAAGGCUAUUUCAUCGAGGCCUGGUAUGCCAAAAGCAUCUUAAUUUAGCCAAUAUGCUUUUGGGAAACGUCCUGAUUAGGGCAGUGGUUGGCUACAUUUAAGACCAAGGAUAUUACUUUAUGUAUUUUAACAAAUUGAUAACUCCUGUGUGCUGCAGACGUCUAAAAGAAUGCAUGCGGAAAUCCUAUUCAAAACUACACAACGACCGCGUUUAGACAAAUAAUAUCAGACUAUCAUUGUACUAAGGAUCUCCAUUAGCAGCUACUCUCCCUGGGCUGCAAACAUAUUAAGGCACUUACAGUACGUCAUAACAUUAUUACGCUACUACAUAUUUUGUAUUAUUAUACUAUCCGUAUAUAAUGCACACAAAGAAAUGUAUGUCUAUGUUUGUCAGUAUGAAGAUUACACAGUUGAGCACAGAGGCCGUUUCAGACUCAUCUUUUCAUACAAAACAAAAACGCAUCGUGAUCCAGGAAGCAACAUUUGGACGAUUUACAUACAUUUUAACCAACCGAAGAGCAAUACAAACAUACUAAUCCCGCCUCUAUUAGAAAAUGACCAAUAGUGAUCCCUUCCGCUGCAGUAGCAGGACGUGUUCAUUGUACAAGCUAUUCUGAAAGAAUUACCGCGGCUGUUGAGGUGAAGUCUAUGAAAUACGUGAUGUCUUCAAAAUUGUUUAAUCAGUGAAAGACGAUUGAAGUGUUCCGAUUUCGUGUGAUAUGUGAACCGUUUAGAGCUAUAUGUACGAAUGAUAGAAAAGUAACGGUUGCGUGUUAUCAGUUUAGGAAUUUCGUUCGCUAGCAGUAGCUACUUAGCUAGCAAGCCACCUUGAGGUCCUGUCUCUUUCUUGACAUUCUAGCCUGUAUUGUGGUAUGGGUUCCUAGCUUGACGACGAAACUCAGUACAGUGUCCUUUCAUUACCUUUUCGCAUUGGUUUAAUAUAAAAUCAGUUGUUACGACGAUAACGAUAGUCUGUAGAAGAAAGUGGCCAUUCAAGGACGACAGAACGUUCUCAGUGGCUUUUACAAGAAGAUCCCCAAACCAACUAUCAUGAACGGGUUCAGCACAGAAGAAGACAGUCACGAUGGACCUCCGGCUCCACCGUUUUACGGCCAGACUUGUUGUUUGAUUGAGGACGGUGAGCGCUGCGGACGAUCAGCUGGAAACGCUUCCUUCAGCAAGCGGAUCCAGAAAAGCAUAUCGCAGAAAAAACUAAAGCUGGACAUCGACAAAAGUGUCCGACACCUCUACAUAUGCGACUUCCACAAAAACUUCAUCCAGAGUGUCCGUAACAAACGGAAGAGGAAGACGAGUGACGACGGAGGGGAGUCUCCUGAUCAUGAUGUGGAGGUGCCAGAGGUGGAUCUGUUCCAGCUUCAGGUGAACACGCUGAGACGCUACAAGAGACACUACAAGCUCCAGACCAGACCUGGCUUGAACAAGGCUCAACUGGCUGAGACUGUCAGUCGCCACUUCCGGAAUAUCCCCGUGAACGAGAAGGAGACUCUCACAUACUUUAUUUAUAUGGUGAAGAGCAGCAAAAGCCGACUGGACCAGAAAUCAGAGGGCAGCAAACAGCUGGAAUAAAGGCCACCAAUAAGUCUUGGACAUGAACACGUGUGUUUGAUGAGGUGUUUCCGCCAGGCGGGCUAAUCUGAUUUCAGACUGUUGUCAAGACUCUCCGCAGGGUGAUGUAAUUCUGUAAUGUGAAUAUGCCGAUAUGUACAAAACACGACGAGUAUGAAGAUAUCAGCAACACGAUAGAAUGCAAUUUCUGAGAACUGCCUUAAAGAUUUGUUUGUAUUUGUUUGUAUUUUGCAUGGACCGUUAAGAACUUGAAGAAAGGCUUGUGUCCAACCAGAGAGUGUGCAAACGUAAUAUUUCAAUAAACUGGUCAUGGAGCAUUUUGUGAAUGAAAAGAUGGAUAAGUGGAUAAGGUUUUGGGAAGCGUUGCACAUUUUCUGGUGUCCAACUUAGAAGCAAUUUAAGGCCCGAGGGGGUGUGGUCUAUGGUCUAUAUACCACGGCUAAGGGCUGUUCUUAUACAUGACGCAAAGCGGAGUGCCUGGACACAGCCCUUAGCCGUGGUAUAUUGGCCAUAUCACACAAACCCCAGAGGUGCCUUAUUGCUAUUAUAAACUGGUUAUCAACGUAAUUAGAGCAGUAAAAAUACAUGUUUUGUCAUACCCGUGGUGUACCGUCUGAUAUACCACAGCUGUCGGCCAUUCAACAUUCCGGCCUCGAACAACCCAGUUUUAUAAUACUCAUCCAGUGGUAUGACAUACAUGGGAAGACUGAAGUUGAAUGAUGCAGCAUUUUUUACAUUGACUUGACCUGCUCUUUCCCGUCUAAUACACUGAAACACACACAUACUGCAGAGUGAAAUGGCGUUUCAGUGAACACCAAGCUCUUUUCAAGUAUUGGUGGAAAUAUUACGUCUGACUCUUUACUACUUUUUCUACUUUUUUGUGAGAUGUCAGUACUUUAGUUCAUCUUGGAUUGUCAGGUCUCUGAAGUUGUCUCUGGUGGAAAGUAACUUUCAGUCUGUAUUCAUUUUCAUGGUUUCAGCUUUUGAGACUAAUUUAAAGCAAUUAAUUGAACUUGUUCAUUAGGGGUUUGAAAUGCAUUAUUAUUAUUACUUCUACUAUUAUAUUAUUUCAGAAGAAUUGUUGCUGUACUAACACAAACACGUAGAACGUCUCAACUUGAGCUCAAUGAACCAUAUUUGAACCACCUAAAUAGUUUUCAGGGCAGCACCCAAAGCACUGGCUGGACUUUGCCUUCGUGUUCACAAUACAUUUGUUCUAUUCCAUUGCAAUGUAUUCCUGUGGAAUCAUGUCACCCUCAGCUGUCAAGUCUAUUUCCUCUCCUGGCACAGUGUUGAAAUGAUGUCUCGUGGGCACACGAUAAGACUACCUACCGCUUCUAGUCGCUGGUUGAAGAUGGGAGUUGUAAUAAAUAUAGAAUAUGUUUUUGCUUUCCCUCAGUCACUAAUUGGGGUUUUCUUGUUCACUUCAACACUGCUGUGUGCUCGCUGUUUUGUUUGUCAGUGGUCUCUUCACAGAUGAUGCUAUGCCUUAGUAUUGAUUAGGUUCUCUGUCCCAGACCUUAUUUAAGUAAUAAGUUAUGUCUACUGUUUUCCAUCUUACACCAUCAAUUAGUCAUGUGUAUGUCAUUUGCUGAACUAUGGAUGGCUUUGUUUUUGCUUGUAGCUUUGUAGUGCCAGAUUUCCCUCUUCUGUUUCCCUCCUAUGUUUUAGCAUGUUGGCUGUGCUGCUUAAUCCAAUUGUUGUAUUAUAUAAGACACAUUUAUUUAAAUAUGGCUGCUUAUUGCUUUUAAUAAAUGUAUUGUACAUAA